AUGCUGCCGGGAAAAGCAGAGAAGCGAAUCGCUUCGUCCGUCUACAUCACCCUGGCGCCGCCGCGGAGGGAGCCGGCCGGCACGCAGCAAAUACAGCCCCAGCUGUGCCCGGCUCCCUCCGAGGCUCCGAAAUCUCCGGGCGCCCGCCGGGCACGGACGCCUCCGGAGAGCGACGUGCCGGGUGCCGGCCGGCCGGCCCCGCGCGCCCCAGGCUUGGCCAAUGGAGGUUUCUCCGGACCGGCAGCCCGGCGGCCUUCGUCGCCGCCGUUCCUCCUCCUCUCCGAGGCGCCACAGCCGCUGUGCGCGGAGAUGCUGGCACCGGCGCUGCAGGAGCUGAACAUCGCCGCGCCGGCCGCUCUCCAGACGCCCUCCGCCUUCCCCGCCGAACUGAGGCAGCCCGAGCUGCGGGCGACCCGCCUGGAGCGAGCCGGCGAGGGGCCGCCGCCGCGGCACGACGUGAACGGGCAUCCGGAAAGGGACUUCUCCAGCGACGUCUGCGCCUUCUGCCACAAAGCCGUCGGCGCCGGGGACCCGACCGUCGAGGCGAUGGGCAAGCAGUACCACGCCGACUGCUUCACUUGCAGGACGUGCCAGCAGCUCCUGGCCGGCCAGCGCUACUACCGAAAAGACGGGCGCCCCAUCUGCGACGCCUGCUACAAGGCCACGCUGGAGAAGUGUGCCAAGUGCCAGGCGCCCAUCCUCGAGCACAUCGUGCGCGCCCUGGGCAAGGGCUACCACCCGGGCUGCUUCGUCUGCGCUGCCUGCGGCCGGGCGCUGGGCGACGAGAGCUUCGCGGCGGGCGAGCGGGACGACGUGUACUGCGUGGACGACUUCUACAGGUGGGCGCUCGCGGCGGGUGGCCGGCAACGGGGAUCCGGGCAGCGCACCGCUGGCUCAGCAUCCGCUUUUUUUCCCCCCGGCAGGAUAUACGCCUCGGUCUGCAGCGCCUGCCAGCAGCCCAUCGUCCCCCGCGAGGGCAGAGACACCUACAAGAUCGAGUGCCUGGGGCGCAGCUUCCACGAGAGCUGCUACCGCUGCGAGCGCUGCCGGAUCCCGCUGUCGCCGGAGCCGACGGAGAACGGGUGCUACCCGCUGGGCACCCGCCUGCUCUGCAAAUCCUGCCACGUCGCCCAGCGCGACGAGUCGUCCUGCUGAAGCCGGGAGCCGGCGCCGCUCCGUACCUGGACCGCGCGGGAAAAGCCCGCCGGGGAGCCGCUUCCCUUCCCGUCGGUUCGUCGCAUCCGCAACUAGCCGGAGGACGGGCGUUUUCAUCCCCAAAAUUCACUCCUCCUACGCAGGAGCCCUUCGCGCCGGGACCGGCCAGGUGGAGAGGCACAGACUUAGCGUCCCGGCGAGGCUCUGCCCUCCGUCCACCCGCUCAUUAUAAAUAUAAAAAGCUCUGGCGUGCAGCGGUGGCGGACAGGCUGAGGGGUUUUUUUUGCUUUUUUUUACCUUUUUUCCAAGGCUGGUAUUGUUUUGUCGGGUGUUUUUCUUUCUUUUCGCGCUUUCUUGGGGUUUCAUUUAAACAUCAGGUUUCUCUCUGCAGUGACACAGAGAAGUACCGAUUUAGUCGGCGAGCAGUUAAAUAAAACCCCGAGCUAAAAAUCC